AUGAAUGUAGAACAGGCCGGCUCGGCUUGUUCACCACGUCAACCACCUGUUCAACGUCAACACCGUCCGUCACAUCCGCUCAACACUCUUGGGGCUUUCGAGCGGCGACCCUUCCGCCGCGUUCAUUUCGCAUUGGCUACAGACUUGGCAACAUGGUACAACAACAUACAUGCCAAUGUACAUAGGACACACGCUAUAUGA